AUGAAAUGGACGCAAAUAAGUGGUCGAGUAAAAGUUGCUGAAGGAGGGCCUAAUUUUGCUGGACACAAUGUUUCGGAAAUAAUGGUAGAAUUUUACUUGAUUGCAAAAAAACCAAGUGAAAUUGUCUUUAUAAUACAAAACCAUCGGCGCCUAACAGCAGAUCAGUUGCGAACUAAAAUAGUCUCAUCCAGCUCUCCCUAUUCAUUUGUAACAGGUUGUUUACCUCUUCAACUAUUAGUCAAAACAUCAUACCAGACAAAUAAUAUGUCUACGUUACGACGACCGACAAACAAAUGCGAGUGUCCAACCAUAAUGCUUGCUGCCAGUGCCCAAGACAAUUCCACUGGUUUGAACGACUUCUCCGUCACUUUAUUCGAAGACACAUUUUUAUAUGGUGGAAUGUGUUCGUAUAAAAUGGAGCAAGUCACAUUUUCUCUAAAAAAAUCUUGUUUUAAGAUAGGCUGUGUAAGUAUGCAUGUAAUAAAAGCCAAACAUCCUUAUAUGGCUUAUGUUUUUAAUAAUUUAAAUAAUAAUUCAAAAGAGAAAGUAUUUUGGGUAAAGGAUGUGGUAGUGGGUGCUACUAAUAUUAUUCAAGCUGCUUAA